AUGAGGUCCUUGGAGGAAAGCAAGACCCGAUGGCAGGAAACAGUCAAGCAGAGCAACAGCUUCGACGACCUCCAAAGAGCGGUUAAAUUCAACGGGCCCGACAGUCCUUGUGAAGCCGGUUGUCGCUCAGUUUGCUGGAAAGCAUUUCUUUUGUUCCAGAAUGCUCCUUCCAGCAGCUGGUCGCAUCUGUUGCUCGAGGCCAGGAAUCAGUACAGCAGCCUAAGAGAGCAUCAUUUGCUGUAUAUCAAACAUCCUGAGAAGCUUGCCGAGCUCACCGUCGAUCCCUUGGCCGAUGAUCCGUCUUCACCGUGGGAUACCUUCAGGCAGGAUGAGUCAAUCCGUGCCGAAAUCCUUCAGGACGUUCGCCGACUACCCGACGAGCCUGUCUUCUACCAUCAAGAGACUACCCAGACCCUGAUACUCGAUAUUCUCUUCCUUUGGUGCAAAACACACCCAGAAUGUGGUGGCUACCGGCAGGGCAUGCAUGAAUUGUUGGCACCUAUGGUCUACGCCGUACAUCAGGAUGCAGUCGAUCGCACCGCCGCAACAGAGGCUGUGGUCGACCCAACGAUGAUCGAGAUGCUUGAUUCUUACUUUGUGGAACACGAUUCUUUUGCUCUCUUCUCGGCCGUGAUGCAAAAUGCCAAAGCCUUCUACGAGGUCAAGCCUGACGCUUCGGCUCAGUCAGGGAGCAACUUGGGUUCAAAGCCUGCUGCGGCCACCACUGCGACUUCUACUGAGCAAAGUGCUAUCGUGGAGAGAAGUAGACAGAUUCAUGAGGUCACCUUGAUGAAGGUUGAUCCAGAGCUGUCCAUCCACCUUAGCAGUAUCGAUAUCUUACCGCAAAUCUUCAUAAUACGCUGGAUACGUCUUCUCUUUGGGCGCGAAUUCCCGUUUGAACAGCAGCUUGUUCUUUGGGAUACCAUGUUUGCAUUCGAUCCGACCUUGGAGCUUAUAGAUCUCAUUUGCGUGGCCAUGUUGGUCAGGAUAAGGUGGAGCUUGUUGGAUGCGGAUUACUCCACAGCUCUACAGACACUGCUCAAAUAUCCCGUACCACAGCCGCCGCACGGCCCGCAUACGUUUGUCGAUGAUGCCGUCUACCUCAGGGAUCACCUCAACCCGGCAGGUGGCGCAGCUCUAAUCCUCAAGUACACAGGACGAGCACCGACACAACAAGCAGAAGGGAACCAGGCCUCGUCGACGGCUGCCACACCCGGUGCCUCACGUUCCUCCACUCAAAACUUUGGCUUCAACAGUCUUCGUGCCUCGCGGAAUUCCGGUGCUCGGUCUUCACCGUCUUCGGCAGCACGGUUCAUUCAACAGCAGGCAAAUGUCGAAGCUUUAUUCCAGGGUGCGGCGAAGAAUUUUAUCGAGCAUGGCGAGCGACUCGGCCUUAACCAAGCAGUCCGUGACAUCCGCCGCAAUGUCCAGCAGAGCAUUCAGGAGGCUCGGAAGGCCGCCGCUGUGAGGAGCGCAGCCGCAGCCAGCUCUAAUGCGUUUGGGAUUUCCAACAAUGGUGUCGGCAACGAGCUCCCGUCGGCUACGGCGCUAGCUAGGCGCAAUCGUCAACUCGCCGCUAUGCUCGAUGAGGCGGUCACUGGCUUGCGAAACCUGGCCGCUACGACUGCGCAAGAAGUACCGUCCGACAGUGAUGAGACCAGUAGGUCCGCCCAGAAGGACGCCAUCGAGAUGGCUGCUGCGCGUGUGCAGUUCGUGCAAGUCUAUCUGGAGGACUCAAGCCUUGUGCUGCCAGAAGAGGAACAGUCGCCGAACUAUGUGGGAGCAAGCCAAGGGCAAAAAGACCAAAUGAUAUCGCUCUCGCUAGCUGUGACUCCCGAUGACGAGACAUUUGUGUCUUCGGGCAGCAAUGCUGUUCUCGAUGCUGUGCGAGAUGACCUGCGGUCAUCGCCUACUGGGUCGGAUAGGGGUCGUGGUGGUACCAAGGAAGUAGUGCCUUCGCCGAAUCCGAACGCCAUCGCCGAGGAGGACGAGAGUGUUGAUAGGAUGGAUACUGAUGAUGCUUCUCCUACUCAUGCUAUCACAUCGCCAGAAUCAAAAUCUAAGACAGCGGAAACACAAGCACAAGUACAGACACAACCAAAGUCACCGCCGCCAGCACCGGAAGAGCGACGGCCGCCGCCGAUCCCAACCCGUUCCACCAUUGCACAGUCGUCCUUCUCAUGGAUGUUGGAGCCCGACGUAUCGCCCUCGGCAGCAGCCAGCGCAGCAGCUUUAGCCACGUCGCCAAAAUACAAGACGCCUCGGUCCUCGUCUACCGGGCCAUUCUCGUCUUCGGCACCGCCGUCGAACAGGAAACGGAUGCCGGCGAGCAGAGAAAGAAACGCGUUUCUAUUUGGGGAGGUGACGACGCCGCCGGAAGAUAGCGAAGAUGGGUUGACCGGGAAGAGGAGGAACGCGACGGUGACCUCGAGUGAGAUUUUUGGACUUGAGCCGUUGAGGAAAGCCCUUCCGCCUUCGUGA